UAAAAAACGAGUGGAGUCCCGGUGUCGGUCAUUCGAUGUCCGACCUGAGCGCGCGCAUCUUCGUUCCCGAAUAACAAGCCUUUUUUGUGUCAAGCAUCCUCAAUCCUUCAUUGGGCACCGACUCCAGUUCGCAGGCAGGGCUUCCAAGGGGUGAACGCUUUCCAAUAUCAAAGUUACCCGGUCGUAGUGCGAUGUAUCCGGACACUAAUGCAGUGAUGCGUUUCUUGUUGAGUGUGGCUUUAAUUGCAUCUUCGGAGGCGUUCUUCCUCAAAUGGGGUUCAGAUUCCACGACGAUGGCAGCACCGAAGACGUGGGUACAGCCUCUGUCGCCCAACGUCUCACCGUAUCGUUACCAGUAUACGUACUCGCCGUACGAAGCUCGGAAGGUGUACCAGAUGCAGCCGCAGCCGUACGCUCAGCCAGAGGUCUCCAUCCCGCAGAGUAUCGCUCCGAUACCUAUCAGCGUGCCAGCGGGGGCCAGCCUCACCCCCGUCUCCCUGCAACACGUCCAACUCGUCCCCUGCAUGUGCCCCGUCGCCCCAGAGGAGGCUGAGAAACUCCAGGAGCAAGUCGGUCCCGGGCCAUACCUCGCCCAGACAUAUACCCAACCUUCGUACUCUGUACCACAGCAAAUGACAGUCGCCGACAAUGCUAAAACUACCAAACAGUAGCUCUUUAGCGCUCUACAUUAUUUAACAAACCCACCAAACAUUUUAUGAUGCUUUUAUUGUAUAAUUUAUUAUUUCCCUUUUACAUUUUAUUAUUUAUAUCUUGAAGUGAAGACUGAUAGUGUAAGAGUAAACGUGUAACUAAAAUCGUUCUCAAUAAAUAACUC